AUGAUAGAAUUAUGCGAGGAAUGGGCUCUGGCGGAGUGCGAGGGAGAGGGAUGGUGGAGGGAAGCUCACGACGGGAGGAGCAGCUCCGAGGUUCGAUAUGCAGGGGUGGCGCCCGUGGAGCGAGCUGCGUCCGCCCCGGCCACAGCGCUCGCCGUGCGAUCCGCCCUACACACAGCAAAGACCUUGAAUAAAAAGCUUCAGAGAGUGAAUUUGGAUAUUAGUCCUAAAGGCAUCUUGGUGUCCGACGCAGAUACACAAGAAAACGUUCUUAGCGUUUCUAUUUAUAGGAUCUCGUACUGCUCCGCGGACGCGGCGAAUGCCCGCGUCUUUGCGGUGGUGGAAGGCAAGACCGCGGACGGUGACGAUGCCCACGUGGUGCACGUGUUUGUGUGCGCGAGGAGGAAGCAGGCGCGGGCGCUCGCUCUGUCGCUGGCACACGCUUUCAAUGAUGCUUAUCAGGCAUGGCAAGCAAAUCAAGCUUCUUCACUGAAAUCGGGCGGCAAGCGUCUAGUAACUCCAUGGGAGCAUUUUCCCGAUGAGUCUGAAGAGGAAACCGACGGUGAAUCUUGGAACACUCCCACUCCGCUCGUGACUUUUGCCUGAAUGUCUUUAGAUGUUUAGGAACAGUUCGUAAGAAGGAAGAUACGUCAUAUUCUUUAUUGCACUAAGUAAUUUUACAAUAGUCAUUAUAAUAUAGGAAGUUGGCAAGGGCGAUAUAGA